GUGCUCUCUCUGUGCUUAAAUGAAACCACCACCCCCCCUUUUCUCCUCUUUCCCAGAUAGAAUUUCCCACUCAGGAACCCUAAUUUUCCUUGUUUUCCUGCACUCUUUCUUCUCCUGAAUUAUGUGUUGCAAAAUAAUCUGAAUCAAAGCUCAAAGGCUCCUGAAUAUUGUGAUUUAGUAUGAUGGUUUUGUGGGCUCUCUCUUGACUUCGUCCGAGAUUCUCCUUUCCCACAAUAAAUUGGCUCAGAUGGGGUGAAGAACUGGUUAAGGGCGACAUCUAAUUCCACUUAAGUGCAUCUAAGAGCAAUGGCCACCUUCUCUGGUACUAGUGAAAUUACAGAGGCAGUGGAAGACUCAGAUUCUGUAUCUGAAAUUGGCGAAAAUGUGCGAAAAUGGAACGCGAUGAAGAUAGCACAGAGGUAUUUUAUCAAGCAAGACAUUGAUAAGCUUUUUGAGGCAAUAGAAAUAAAGAGUUCCCGAAAGGAUGGAUUUCAAAGGAGUGCAAUGAAAAGACCAAUGGGACCUUGUGGUUCUCCUCAACCAUCAGGAAUCGGAAUUUCCGAACCCGUGAGUUUGAAGCAAGCUUUUAGAGGAUUAUGCAUUUCUCAUGCAUCAGAGAUAGCUUCUAUGAAGAAACAGUUGUCAAGAGUUGGCAUUGUUCCUCUUUCGCCCCCGGAAGACUGUGAACCCCCAAAAUUGGUGUCUCAACAGUGUGAGACAUCUAAACUUCCAGACACUUCGAUUUCUAAGGCAGGCCCCUGGUUGAGCUGUAGUAUUGCUAAAACAAGAAAUGCCAUUACCAUACCUGAUAAAGGGUCAAACUCAAAGAGUAGUAUUGGGGAUUAUAGCAGAACUGCUAGCUGUAGUGAGGAAAGCUCUUAUCUCAGUGGAUAUAAUCGGAGUGGAUAUAGGCCUCACAUGUCAAAAGAUUUAAGAUGGGAAGCCAUUCGUUGUGUUGAGAAGAGGCAUGGAAGUUUGGAGUUGAGGCAUUUUAAAUUCCUCAGAAAGAUUGGUGGUGGUGAUAUUGGAAGUGUUUACCUGUCUGAACUAAUCGAUACGAGCUUCUUGUUUGUCAUGAAGAUUAUGGAUAAUGAGUUUUUGGUGAGCAAGAGGAAGACAUCAAGAGCUCAAACGGAAAGGGAAAUAUUGGAAAUGCUAUAUCAUCCCCUUCUCCCCACACUAUAUGCCCAUUUCACCACGGAUAAAUUCUCCUGUCUUGUGAUGGAAUACUGUCCAGGCGGUGAUCUGCAUGUUCUCCGUCAAAAACAACCAAACAAUACUUUCUCCGAGCCAGCAGUUAGAUUCUAUGCUGCUGAAGUUCUUCUCGCCCUGGAGUACCUUCACAUGCUUGGGGUUGUGUAUCGCGAUCUGAAACCAGAAAAUACAUUGGUUCGAGAAGAUGGCCAUAUAAUGCUUAUAGAUUUUGAUUUGUCCCUUAGAUGUGGGGUGAAUGACCCCAAACUGCUCAAAUCAUCAUCUCGUGUUCUCGGGUCCCCAAAAAAGACGUCCAGCCCAUGUUCAGAAUCAAGCUGCAUACAGCAACCUUUCUGCCUCAAUCCACCCUGGCAAGUAUCUUGCUUCACCCCCAAGUCAAAAGCCACCACUGGCUCAGAAGCCGGGCAAGUGUCCCUACUGCCACAGCUUGUGGUGGAGCCCACUGCUGUCCGUUCAAACUCCUUUGUUGGAACACACGAGUAUCUGGCUCCCGAGAUCAUCAAAGGAGGACAUGGAAGUGCUGUGGAUUGGUGGGCUUUUGGAGUGUUCAUGCACGAGCUUCUCUACGGGAGGACUCCUUUCAAGGGUAGCACAAACCAGGACACUUUGGACAAUGUGGUGUCACAAGGACUCAAAUUCCCUGAGAAUCCAAUGGUAAGCUCUAAUGCGAGAGAUUUGAUGGGACGGUUGUUAGAGAAAGAGCCCCAGAAGAGGCUGGGAUGUUCUAAAGGCGCAACUGAGAUCAAGGGUCACUCGUUCUUCGAGGGCCUGAACUGGGCUUUGAUUCGGUGUCAAACCCCACCUGAAAUACCGGACCCAACCAACUCCCAGAAGAAGCAGGGUGAGAAAGAAGGCACAAGUGGUGAAGAGGGUAUUGUGUUUGACAUGUUUUAGCAAAUAGUAUGUUGUGAUGUUGUAUAGCAAAAAAAAGGUGUACAUAAGUACAUUGAAGUGAUGUUUUUUUUAAUGAAAGAUAUGUUCACUU